AGGGACCUUAUGGUGAUGCCUGGAGCCAUGUGCACGUGCACUGGGUGUCCCCGCAGCUGCCACGCAGGGCAGACACCUCUGCUCCGGGGGCUGCUGUCCUCUUGCACCCCAUUCCUCGUGGGCUUUCACCUGAGAAGGGCCACCGGCAGGGCACAUGCUGCUGCCCCCCCAGACCACGCUCUCUGCCAGCCCCAUAGCGCUGCUCUGAGGGUGGCAGGGCAGCGUGCUGCCAGCCUUGCUUGCAGACACGAGCACCGGCUCGUGGAGUGGCCAGCACCAGCCCAGGGCCAGCACAACGCCGGGCAGCCCCACGCCGGGACUCCCCCUCCCCUGCCCUGCCCUGCCGCUGAGCCAGGGCCCUCCCAGCUCCCGCACCCCAAUACUGGGACCGAACCCCUGAGCCAGGCGCAACCGCCCCCGGCGGGCCUGACACCCGGAACAGUGCCGGUGGCGGAGCGGGGGCCGGGCGGCGGCGGGGCCGGCCGGGCGGGGCGGCCCUUUGUUGCGAGCGGCGGGCGGAGCAGCCGGAGCCGCCCGAAGCCGCCCCGCCGCGGGCGGGAACCCCGGAGCCGCCUCCGCUGCCGGCGGGUCCCGCCGCACCCGCCGCCGAGCCGAGCCCUGUCCCGUCUGGGGCACUUCCCGGGCAAAGGUGCUGAUAAGACAGGCGGAGCAGAGCCAGCAGCACUGUCCCCGGCCCAGGAAGGGACGUCAGCCUCCGGCAAGCACAGCGGGAGCAGGAAGGGAACCGAGCUGAGGAGGAAGGCAGGGCCCCCACCGGCAGCCCCAGCUCCUGGACAGCAGGUCUGCAGAGCCCGGGCGGCUUCGCGGGAGGCGGCGGAGGCCCGGCCGGCCCGGCCCGGGAUGGCGGCGCGGCCGGCGCUGCCCGUCCUGGCGCACUCGGUGCUGGCGGCUUUGCUGCUCUCGGCGGCGCAGGAGCCGGUCCCGCGGGUCAGCCUGUCCUACGACUCAGCCGAGCGAGUUGUGCAGCGGUUCGAGGUGCCUGGCGUGUCCAACUACACAACCCUGCUGCUGAGCCCGGACAGCGGCACCCUCUACCUGGGGGCACGCGAGAUGCUCAUCGCCGUCAAUACUAGCCACUUCCAUCCUGGGGCACCGGCUCGCAGGCUGCCAUGGGGCGCAGAUGAGGAGAAGAAGAGGCAGUGCGUGUUCAAAGGCAAGGACCCCCAGAGGGACUGUCACAACUACAUCAAGAUGCUGCUGCAGCUGAACAGCACCCACCUCUACACCUGUGGGACCUGCGCCUUCAGCCCGGCCUGCGCCUACAUCAAUGUGCAGCACUUCAGCCUGGAGCGAGACACAUCGGGGAAGGUGCUGCUGGAGGACGGGAAGGGACGCUGCCCCUUCGACCCUGAGUACCGCUCCACAGCCGUCAUGGUCGAUGGCGAGCUCUACGCCGGGACUGUCAGCAACUUCCAGGGCAAUGAGCCCACCAUCUACCGCAGCCAGGAGAGCCGCAUCGCCCUCAAGACAGAGAAUUCCCUCAACUGGCUGCAGGACCCAGUCUUCGUGGGCUCAGCCUACCUGCAGGAGAGCCUGCCUGCCGGCAACCCUGAGGGUGACGACGACAAGGUCUACUUCUUCUUCAGUGAGACCGGCAAGGAGUUCGACUACUUUGAGAACACCAUCGUCUCCCGCAUUGCGCGCGUCUGCAAGGGGGACCAGGGUGGGGAGCGUGUGCUGCAGCGGCGCUGGACAACCUUCCUGAAGGCGCAGCUGCUCUGCUCGCACCCCGAGGAUGGCUUCCCCUUCAACGUGCUGCAGGACAUCUUUGUGCUCACUCCGGGGGAGCUGCGCUGGAGGGAGACACUUUUCUACGGGGUCUUCACUUCGCAGUGGAACAAGGGCGGGCUGGGCAGCUCAGCCGUCUGCGCCUUCCCCAUGCACAGCGUGCAACGCGCCUUUGGUGGGCUCUACAAGGAGGUGAACCGCGAGACGCAGCAGUGGUACACGGACACCGGCCCUGUGCCAGAGCCCCGGCCAGGCACGUGCAUCACCAGCCACACACGGCACCUGAAGAUCAACUCGUCCCUCCAGAUGCCGGACCGGGUGCUGAACUUCAUCAAGGACCACUUCCUGAUGGACAGCCCUGUGCGCAGCCAGCCGCUGCUGCUGCAGAGCCGCCUGCGCUACCAGCAGAUCAGCGUCCACCGCGCACAGGGCCUCCACGGCACCUAUGAUGUGCUGUUCCUGGGCACAGAUGAUGGGCGGUUGCACAAGGCCGUGCGGGUGGACCAUGGGGUGCACAUCAUCGAGGAGAUCCGCCUCUUCCCCGCUGGGCAGCCUGUGCUGCAGCUGUUGCUGGACCAGAACCAGGGCCUGGUCUAUGCAGCCACCUACAGGGCCGUGGCUCAGGUGCCCUUUGCCAACUGCAGCCUGUACCGCAGCUGUGGAGAAUGUGUGCUGGCGCGGGACCCCUUCUGUGCCUGGAGCCGGGGUGCCUGCCGCAGGGCCAGCCUUCGCUCCCCUGCGCACCCCCAGCUCUGGGCACAGGACAUCGAGGACGCUGACACGGAGCGGCUGUGCCAGCCGGCCAAUACCUCCCAGCCCCGGCCCCGCGUCCUCCUGCCCCCAGCCUCGGGUGCCCCAUGCCAGCGGGUGCAGCUGCCGCCCAACGCGGUGCGGCCGCUGCCGUGCCGGCUGCUCUCCAACUUGGCGUCACGGCGCUGGCUGCACGACGGGGCCCCCGUCAAUGGCUCCUACCUGGUGCUGCCUGACGGAGCCCUCAUCCUGGUGGGCAGCCCUGAGCGGGCAGGCACCUACGAGUGCUGGUCGCUGGAGGAAGGCUUCCGCAAGCUGAUGGCCAGCUACUGCGUGGGUGUGCAGGAGCCAGCCCGCGGGCCACCGGAGCCCGGCAGGAGGGGGGACGCUGGCCGGGACAGCCUGGAGACUGUCAGCACGUCCCGGAGCACCUCAGCAGUGGGCAGCGCCGCAGCGCAGCUGGAUGGCAAGACCUACUGGACCGAGUUCCUGGUGAUGUGUGUGCUCUUCGCCACCGCCGUUCUCGUGCUGGCCCUCUUCCUGCUGCACCGGCACCAUGACAGCAUGAAGACCUUGCUGGAGCCCAGUGACCCUGGCCGGCACCAGAAGCCACCCCGCAAGCCGGUGGAGAGCCUGCCCCUGAAUGGCAGCAACUUGCCCAGUGCUGCGCCCGAGCACAAGGGCUACCAGGCGCUGCAGGACAACUACAUCGUCAGCACCCCUGUGCACGAGCCCCCGGGCCCCCCACGUGCCUUCUCCGAAUCGGAGAAGAGGCCCCUCCAUGUCCGGGACAGCUUCGUGGAGGUGUCCCCCGCCUGCCAAAGACCCCGGGUGCGCCUGGGCUCUGAGAUCCAGGACUCGGUGGUGUGACAGGGACAAGAACUGAGAGCCGAACCCUCACCCACAACUGCCUCUGCUCUGCUGAGCCUCACCGGACCGCAGUGCCGCGUCCAGGGUCCGUGUUGUCUGUGUAUGCAUGCCCGGAGCCUGCGCCCGCUGCGGCACCCAUCUGGCCUGCGGCACCAGCCCCGUGUGCCCCAUCAGGGUUUGGCUUCCCUGGGAGCUCCUUUGGCAUCGCUGGGGCUGCUCCGGCCCCACUCCUGGGGUCGGUGCUGGUGCGAGGGGUACGCAGGGACCCACGUGCCUUCCAGGGACGUGUGGGACUUUUCCCCAGCCUGGCAUCCCCACCACAGGGAUGGACACAGCGCCCGGCUCAGGCUGCUGGUGCCAUGAGGCCCCAGUUGCCUCUAUGCAGAGGGCAAGAGGGGGCGGCCGCAGCCCCUCUUUGCCCCGACCCACUGUGACGUCCUGCUGCGGGACCCGGAGCCACACGUGCGGCUGGGCAGUGCUGGUGCAGUGACCUGCGGCAUGUGCUGUGUCUGUGCUUGGUUCGUUUUUAAUACGUUGAAAAUGUGAAUCGUGUCCCGGGGAAGAGAAGGGGGGGUGGCACUCACCCCGUGUUGGGCUGGGCAGCGACUCAUCUCUGUGUCCCCGUGUGCGUGUGCAGAAACGUCUGUGGUUUUUAUAUAAAGUCAGGUGUCUCCUUUGGA